UGUUUUCCUUCUCAUUCCUUUCAACACUCUCUUUUCUCUCUUCGCACUGAUUUGAUACAAAAGCUAAAUUUUGUAUUGACUGCCACCAUGGCUGCUGUGGUGGUGUUUUUAAUGACCCUUUUGGUUCUAUUUAUUUCCUUGGUGCUUAAAGUUGUGCUUGACACAAUCUCAUGUUACAUGCUGAAUCCUAGACGCAUCAGGAAAAUCAUGGCGAAACAAGGAGUGCGUGGCCCCAAACCCCGGGGAAUUACUGGCAACAUGAUCGAAAUGUUCAAUCUAACGACCCAAUCCACCUCAAAAGACAUGGUUAGCAUCGACCAUGACAUCGUUGGCCGGCUUCUACCGCAUUAUGUCAACUGGUCUAAAUCAUAUGGGAAAAGAUUUAUAUAUUGGCAUGGGAUUGAGCCAAGGAUGUGCCUGACAGAGACUGAAUUGAUCAAAGAACUCAUGACCAAGUUCCCCCUUGUAACGGGCAAAUCAUGGCUGCAACAGCAGGGCUCAAAACAUUUUACGGGGAGAGGUUUGUUAAUGGCGAACGGGCAGGAUUGGUACCACCAGCGUCAUAUAGCUGCUCCAGCAUUCAUGGGGGAUAAGCUUAAGAGUUAUGCUGGGCACAUGGUGGAAUGCACUAAGCAUACGCUCCAAUUACUGCAAAAUGCAGUAGAAUCAGGCCAGAGAGAGUUUGAAAUUGGAGAAUACAUGGCUAGACUUACUGCAGAUAUAAUUGCAAGAACCGAAUUCGAUAGCAGUUACGAGAAAGGAAAGCAAAUAUUCCAUCUUUUAACAUCUCUGCAACACCUUUGCGCUCAAGCAAGCAGGCACCUGUGCUUUCCAGGAAGCCGGUUCUUCCCAACCAAAUAUAACAGAGAAAUAAAGUCCCUGAAGAUGGAGGUAGAUAGAUUGCUAUUGGAGAUUAUACAAAGCCGAAGAGAUUGUGUAGAGAUCGGUCGGAGCAGUUCAUAUGGGAAUGAUUUAUUAGGUAUGCUGCUUAAUGAAAUGGAAAAGAAGAGAAGUGACAAAUUUAGCCUAAACCUGCAGCUGAUCAUGGAUGAAUGCAAAACUUUCUUUUUCGCCGGCCAUGAAACUACGGCCCUGUUACUUACCUGGACUGUCAUGUUACUAGCCAGCAACCCUGCUUGGCAGGAAAAAGUUCGAGCUGAGGUCAAACAGGGCUGCAAUGGUGGGGUUCCCUCUGUUGAUCAACUCUCAAAACUAACUUUGCUACACAUGGUUAUAAAUGAAUCAUUGAGACUAUAUCCACCAGCUACAGUCCUGCCCCGGAUGGCUUUCGAAGACAUAAAGUUAGGUGACCUCUUCAUCCCUAAGGGACUAUCAAUAUGGAUACCGGUGCUGGCAAUACAUCAUAGUGAAGAAUUAUGGGGAAAGGAUGUAAAUGAGUUCAAACCUGAGAGGUUUAAUUCAAGACCAUUUGCCUCUGGUCGGCAUUUCAUACCAUUUGCUGCAGGCCCUCGGAAUUGCGUUGGCCAAUCUUUUGCUGUGAUGGAAGCUAAGAUUAUAUUAGCCAUGUUGAUUUCAAGGUUUAGCUUCACAAUUUCGGAAAGUUAUCGCCAUGCUCCGGUCGUUGUCAUGACUAUAAAGCCGAAAUAUGGAGUACAAGUGCAUUUGAAGCCAUUGGAUCCUUGAAGCGGGCUAAUUUUGAAGUGGAGUCCUUUGAGUAGACAACUUUAAUAGUUUUUGAUAAAUACUACAUCAUUGGUACAAUUUUUCCCCCCCCUUUAAAGGAAGAGACAGAGAGAUAAGAGAAAUUAUCGUGCUAGCGAGGAUUUCUUGUUAGAUAUGUUUUGGAGAAAGUGGAGAGGGUGAAGAGAGUCCAACUUUGAAUUUAAUCUUCUGUUUGGUAGGUAACAACUAGUAGGUCAAGCAUUAGUCCUUCUUAUGUUUAUCUUAGACAGAAUUACUAAUAAAAUGAAAGAGCUACAGACGUGUUGUUGCUUA